UACUGCGCUCAAUGAUUGCGCAUGGAGUUGACAGCAAAGAAGUGCUGAUUUUCAAAAUGGUUUUAAGAAAUAAUCGUGAAUUUUAAUUUCAUUUAGGAUAAUUGAAGAUAUUUUCAUCAUGAAUUGUGUUAUACCUGGUGGUAAUCUAAAAAUUUUUGGAAAAUCAUUGCACGCUCUAUGCCGAUUCGGAGAUGCACUUCAUAUAGAACCAUCGGAAAGUAAAUUAUCAAUUAGAACUGUAAAUAUGACCAAAACUGCAUAUGCUGUGGUCGAUUUUACGCCAGCAUUUUUUCAGUUUUAUGAAGUACAAGAUGUUGAAGAGGAACAAACGGAUUGUUUGAAAUGUAAAUUACCGAUGAAAGCAAUGUUGAAUGCUUUUAAAAAUACCUCAAAUUUAGAAAAAAAUGUUUUAACGUGUAAAAUGAAAUACUCUGUGGAUAGUGAAAGUCUAACAUUAAAAUUUCGAUUUAAACAUGAAAUUAUUAAAACACACAUAAUUUACUUAUUAGAUGGUGAAACUUUAGAGGAACUAAAUCUUGCUGAUAAAUACUCAAAUAUGAUUGCAACACCUAGUUCGAUAUUUCAACAUGCCUUACAAAAUUUUCAAACAACAGAUAAUGAGAUCUCAUUUGAUGUUUUUAAAAAUAAAAUUACGUUACGUAAUUAUAUGCAAAAUGAUAUGUGUAUUAAAAUGCUACGAUCGCAAAUUACGAUACAUAGUACGGAUUUUAGUAAAUGUGAUAUUGGAGCUGAAACGGAUAUACGAUUUUCAUUGAAGUUGUUUCGAGCUGCUAUUGGAUUUGCAGAAACUUUUCAUUUGAAUGUUUCAGUUAAUUUUGAUACAAGUGGAAAACCACUUAUCGUUUCAACUAAAAAUGACCAAACUUUUGAGGCAGCAUUUGUACUUUCAACAUUGAGACUUGACGAUGAAACGCAAUCAACUGUCUCAGAUAAAAAUACUUCAAAACAAAUAAAAAUACGAACAUCAAGUUCAAGAGAAUCCGUAAAACGUAAAAUACCUACUCCCACAAACAACAAUGAAACACAAAUUGACACCGAAGAAAAUAUGUUAGAAAUAACAAAUAUGCUAUUAAAUGAUGAAGAUUUUCCAGAAGUAAUAGAAAAUGAUGCUAAACGAAGAAAGUCUGUAGAGAACGGUGUAAAAGAAUCUGAUCCUGAAAUUGUACAUACUGUAUUUAAACGAUGCUUUGAAAUGACUCUGUGCCCUACGGAAUUAAGUCAAGAUGUUUUGGCAGAAGAUUCUGAUGAAGAGAGCUGA